CAUUGCACAUGCAAAUUACCUUUGACCUUUGAAAGCCACUGCUUCAUUGGCCAAGUUUUGGCGCGAAGAGCCUGGGAAAAUGGUAUGUGUGUUUUUACCUGAACUGAGUUUGGCAAGUUUCUGAACAUGUUCACCAGUGAAGAGAAUGUCAUGCUACAGAACAAAGCAUACCACUAGAUGUCAGUCAGCAAAGUCUCACCUGGCUGAAACUCCUUCAGGCACCAGAAGCAGGUCUUCUCAAGGCAAGGCACAGUGGGAACAGAGGCAGCUCAACUUUGGGGACAAAACAAUGAAGAGAAGAGGAAAAGGAGGUGGAAGAUCUGCUGCUCCAAGAGCACGAAGAAGCACUCGCACCGCUAAGAAACCAAAGGUCUCUUAUAAAGAUAUGGACGAUGUAUAUUCUUCAGAUGAGGAUGCUGGGGUAAAAUACGCAGAUGAGUCAGACGGGUCUGUGUGGGAUGAAAUGGGACUCAGUGACUCUGAUGACGAAUCACAGGAUAUUAGAAGAAGGAAGGUGAAGAGAAGCAUUCCAACUCGCAGGAGCAAGAGGGUUCCAACAAAGCGGAGAUACACAGCAGGACGUGAUGCUGUUUCAUCAUCAUCAGAAGAGGAAAGUGAUGAUUUUAUUGAUGAUAGUGAGACCACAAAUGCAAGUUCAUCAAGUCAUGACACUGAUGACUCCAACCCCAGCUCACAAGAGGUAAAAAAGCACAAGAACAGGAGGAGAACAAACGGCAGGUCAAGACGUGUUUCUGAAGAGGCGAAGAGGAACUCUGAUGAAGAUGAUGUUGCAGUAAGUAGCUCAGCCAAGAAGAGGAAGAAGAGCUCAGCCCAGUUAGUGUCUUCAUCAGAUGAGGAAGGACAGCAGAAGAGGCGGAGGAGGAUCAUUCUUGCAUCUGACAGUAGCGACGGCUCAGACGAAGGCAGCACAGAGAGGAGUAUGACUGAAGAAUGUGCUCAGUCAGAAGCCACCUCAACCAAAAACGGUCAGCCCAACACCCAGCACUGUGCAGUAGUGAGAGAUGACGAGUCAUCCUCUCAGGAUCCUGCUGCUGGGAGUGAAGAUGCAAGUGUGAGUAGCACCCAUCAGACAGGAGAAGGUCUAGCAGACAGGGGAAAGACUUCUGUCACAAACCAACCCUCUGAUGGUAGGAAAACAGUCAACAAAAAUGGUAAAUCUUCCACACCAAGCAGAAGGGCAAGAACAUCCGCCAUACAGGACAAGCAGCUGACGGCCCUGGAGAGGCUUAAGAGACAGAGAGACAGGAAGAAACAAGGUAUCAACAGAAGCAUGUGUGAAUCUGAAGAGGAGGAGGAGGAGGAAGAGGAGAAAACUGAUGUCAUCAGGAGUGAAUCUGAAGACUCCUUCAUUGUUCCUGAUGAUGAAACCGAUGAAGAGGAUGGACCUGAAGUCCAGGAAGAUGAAGAUGCUGUGGGAGAGAUAGUUCAUCAGGAAAAGAUGACAAAGUUUCAGAGCUGGGUGGAGCUGAUGCUGUGUGCCAACCUGCAGGACAACCCAGGGGAGUACCUCCGCACUGCCAGGUUCAACAGAGACAUUCCAGAUGACACCAGAGAUAACGUUGCAGAAGUGCUGCACAGGCUUCAGGAUGCCACAAACCUGGUAUUCAGUACUGCCUGGAGAAGGAGCUUCAAAGAAGCCAUUGAAAUGCACCCAUUCUACUCUAAUCAGCCUUGUCAUCAUAGCUGGAUGGACUGUCAGGCAUGUGGUCGUCCUGAUCAUCAUAUCUCACAAAGCAUCAGCCUGAGGGGAACACCUUACGACAGGGAAACAUUUGAAGAUGAUGACUUUGGCAACUAUGAGAAGUCUUUUGAUGUAGGAUGCUUCUGCCAAGAGCGGUCAGAACUUUACCAUGGCCUGUACCACUUCAGAUACAGGGUGUUUCACACCUGUAAAGCUGAGGCAGAGAAAACCCUUGCCAUGUUGCGAGAUGAGGGGGAGGAAGACCCUGAUGAUGACAAGGUGAUUGACAGCUGUCUAAAAGACCAGGACUGGAUAGAUGAGUUGUUUAAUGAGAUGACUGGCCUGAUUGAAGACGUUCACCAGCAGUACACUGCAGACUACAGCAAGCCUUGGAAGGCAGUGUAGUGUAACUCUUGCUUCUUGACCAGCUGCAUUUAAUUGGGUACAGCUUUAAUGUAAUUUGCAAUUUUGUCAUUGUAUUAAGGUUUAACUGAUUUGUAUAUUUUGAUGCAAGUACACAAAAAAUUCUGUGAAGCUGGAUGUUUAUAUUUUGUUAUCAAUUGUGGAACCAUGAUACUUAACCACAUAUGGAAUACCAAAGAUGAUAGCACAUUAUGAAUUCACAAGAGUCAAGAAGUUUGAUUUCAAUCUUUAUCAUUACUGUGUUCAUUAUGACAGCAUUUGUACAAGGUUGUAGAUUUUUAGAUUUUAUGUACGUCAUGGAGUGUAACAGCAUACUAAUGAAAUUUACAGUCACAGCAGAUUAGUAUAUCCAUUCUUUUGAGAACUCAGAAAAUAUUUUAAAGUAACUUUGUAGUGGAUCUAUGGAUUUGUACGAUUUUAAAGAAUAUGUAUAACAGCUCUUAUGCCUGGAUGCAGACAAGAUUGAAUCCAUUUUUGCAGUGAAAACUUACCUUUGCAGAUGUCUGACACAGUACAAAAUGCAGCUGAUGGUGUCUGGCAAUAAAGAACUUAUUUUUCAC